UGAGCCAUUUUACAUUCAGCAGCUCAGCAGCUGCCGCGCGCGCCGCUGGGGGAAUUGUGGGCCGGGCGCGUGAAAGAGAAAAUGAAAGCCAGCCCGCUCGCGCCACAGUGAUGAAGCUGAAAUUCAGGUUGGACUGACUGCAAGUUCUUAGAAGACAUCAAGCCAAGAAUGUGAAAGGAGCUGCCAUUGCAAAUACGACUACCAUUCACCAAAAAAUUCAGUAUUACAUUCAAAGUCAUGUCAUCUUCCAGUAUUCUUCCUUUACUUUUGACCUUAAUCUCACUGACGUUGCCCAGUUCAUGCCUGCCCUCUGAAAGCAGCAGCACUGCCACUGAAAACAUCCAUGUGGCGACCAACGGCCUCCCAUUCCCUUGGAGCAAAUUGCGCCUACCAAAUUACAUCAUUCCCAUUCAUUACCAUCUGCUAAUCCAUCCCAACCUCACCACCCUGAGGUUCAAUGGCUCUGUCAAAAUUGAGAUCGAUGUGAAGAACAACACCAACUGGGUGGUUCUGCACAGCAAGAACCUUGAGAUCACUGCGGCGACUGUUCUGGAUGAGAGCGAGGCCCACCUGUUUGACAAAGCACUGCCUGUUCUGGAGUAUCCUCCCCACGAACAGAUAGCCAUCUUCUCCCCAAAGAUUCUGACCUCUGGAGAAAAGUACUUUCUGUACUUGGAAUUUAGUGCAGCGUUGAGCGAUGGUUUCUUUGGCUUUUAUAAGAGCUCAUACAAGACGACAGAAGGAGAAACCAGGGUUUUGGCUUCCACUCACUUUGAACCUACCUCUGCACGACUGGCUUUUCCUUGUUUUGAUGAGCCCAUCUUCAAAGCCAACUACUCUGUCCGUAUCAGAAGAGGACCAUCACACAUCGCUCUGUCCAAUAUGCCAAUAGAGCACACGGUGGAGUUAGACAACGGCCUGUUUGAGGAUCGGUUUGAAGCGAGUGUGCAGAUGAGCACCUAUCUCGUAGCCUUUAUUGUCUGUGACUUCAAGUCUGUCAGCAGGAGAACCGUGACAGGAAUUGAUGUUUCAAUUUACGCUGUUCCGCACAAGUGGCACCAAACCCACUACGCUCUUGAAGCUGCGGUAAAACUGUUGGAGUUUUAUGAGACGUACUUCAACAUCUACUAUCCUUUGCCAAAACUAGGUAAAUGUCUACGGGCUAUCCAUUUUUCUAAAAGCUAUGCUAAAAACACUGCUUGCAUUAAUUGCAUAUUUCUCUGUUUUUGUUUAGAUUUGAUAGCCAUUCCAGAUUUCCAGUCUGGAGCUAUGGAGAACUGGGGCCUGACCACCUACAGAGAGACGUCUCUGCUCUAUGAUCCUGACGUCUCAUCCACCUCAGACAAACUGUGGGUCACCAUGGUGAUCGGACAUGAGCUGGCCCAUCAGUGGUUUGGAAACCUGGUAACUAUGGAGUGGUGGAAUGAUAUAUGGCUUAAUGAGGGCUUUGCACGAUAUAUGGAGUUUGUGUCUGUUGAAGCUACAUACCCACAACUAAAAGUGGAGGACUAUUUGUUGGACACCUGCUUCGCAGCUAUGGGACGGGAUUCCCUCAACUCCUCCAGGGCAAUCUCCUGUUCUGCAGAAAACCCAACUCAGAUAAAGGAGAUGUUUGACACUGUGUCUUAUGACAAGGGGGCCUGCAUUCUGCACAUGCUGAGGCAUUUCCUGACAGAUGAUGUAUUCCAAAGUGGCAUAGUCAGGUACCUGAGGAAAUUCAGAUACAGGAAUGCCAAAAAUGAGGAUCUGUGGGACAGCCUGGUCAAUACAUGCUCUGAAGAGGAUUUUACAUCAGGAGAAUACUGCUAUAGUAACACACAGGCCACGAAAAAUGCUUAUCGGUUUGUUGGGGAGCAUAUAGACCUGAAGAAGAUGAUGUACACAUGGACUCUACAGAAGGGCAUCCCUCUGGUCACAGUGAAGCGCCAGGGAACAAAGCUUUACAUUGAACAAGAGCGGUUCCUAAGGACAUUCCAGCCAAGUGACCCACUAUGGCAGUCAAUGCAAGCUGGCUACCUGUGGCAAAUUCCUUUGACCUACAAAACCAGCCACUCCAACAACGAGAUGAGGCAUAUACUACAGACAAAGUCAGAUGUUCUGGUGCUGGACGAAGAUGUGGACUGGGUGAAGUUUAAUACAGACAUGAAUGGCUACUACAUUAUUCAUUAUGACACUAAGGGGUGGAAUGCCCUGAUUGAGCUUCUGAAAGUAAACCACAGUGCUGUGAGCUUCAAGGACAGAGCCAACCUUAUUCACAACGCCUUCCAGCUAGUCACGGCAGGGCGACUGACACUGGACCGGGCCUUGGAUCUGAUCACCUACUUGAAGUCUGAGACCCACAAUGUUCCCCUCUUACAAGGCCUUGGAUAUUUAGAAUCAUUUUACAAGAUGAUAGAGAAGAGAAACAUAGCUGAUAUCAAACAAAAUCUCAAGACUUACAUCCUGCAGUAUUUCAGGGACGUGAUAGACAAGCAGACGUGGAGCAAUGAGGGCACAGACUCAGACAGAAGGCUACGUUCUGAACUUCUGUCACUGGCAUGUGAUCUUGGUUAUGCUCCCUGUCUGGAAAAGGCCAAACAUUUCUACCAAACCUGGGUGACGUCUAAUGGCACCAUCAGUUUACCGAGUGAUGUGACUGAGACCAUCUACAUGGUUGGAGCCCAGGAUGAAAGUGGCUGGCAGUACCUGUUGGAGAAGUAUGGGGUUUCCAUGUCUGAGGCAGAGAAAUGCAAAAUUCUCGCAGCCUUAGCAAGCAGCAAGGAUUCCAAUAAACUACAAAGACUGUUGGAGCUUGGAAUGGAGGGAUCAAUGAUAAGAGCACAGGACCUGUCUACACUAAUUUACACUGUGGCCAGAAAUCCAGCAGGCCAUUUCCUAGCUUGGAAUUUUGUGAAAAAGAACUGGAACAAACUGGUGGAAAAAUUCCAACUGGGAUCAUUCAGUAUGAGAAAUAUUAUCAUCGGUACAACAGGGCAGUUCUCAUCUAAAGAGGAGCUUGCUAAUAUCAAGGAUUUUUUCGACUCCAUCAGGGAACAGUCCUCUCAGGUCCGCGUCACUCAGGUGGCUGUUGAAAACGUGGAGAAGAAUAUUCUAUGGUUGGAGAGGAAUUUAGAAACUCUGAGGACCUGGCUUCAGCAGAGACUGAACUAAAAAGUGAACUUCAAACUGGCGAAUAACAGCCAUUAUAAAAUACAUUUCCACAGGGUUCAGAAAAGCACAGAUGAAUGUAUGAAAAUGUACACACUUCAGUUUUAUAAGCAAAUCAGCAAUUAAACAGGUUCUAUUUUUCCACAUUUUAAUGCAGCUUACAAGAUAAAGUUCUGAUGAGACGGUUUUGUUAAAUACAUUAAGCAUGGUUUGCGUGGUUUUGUGUUUCAGAGCAAAUGGAAAUAUAGUGAACCAAGUAGGCUAUGUGGUGUUGAGUGUGUGAUGUUUUUAUUAGGUUUUCUAAAAAGGAAUUGGGAAAUAUUUUGACUAUGGUUUUGACUAUUAAAAUGGUUUACUGGUUUCUAAUUUUUCUCUCAUAAAAUGAGAUGGAAAUCUUAA